CUCUGACUUCCUACUUUUCACAAGCUUCUUACUUCAAUUAUUAAUCCAUUAUAAUAUAUUGGCUCCUCCCUUUAGUUUAUAAAUGUUUUCACAUGAUCCAAAACAAAGUCAUCACUACUCAAUACUUAUCACCCAACUCAUAUGAUUUCAAAAUUAGCACAAACAAACAAACGUAAAAGAACAGUGCUUUUUAGACUUGAAAAAUCCACUUUCCACUCUUUUCUUUCCUCCAAAACCAGUGAUGAGGAAACGAAUCCCAAACGUUAAAAUAUGGUUUUGAAAAUCAAAAUCAUUUUUUUUUUCAUUAACGACGGCUGAGGUGAACUCGGCUCUCAAGUAAGCACAAUAGCACAAGCGUACAAAGUGGUUUAUUCUUACUUCGCUCUAUCUGUCCUUUAUUCUAUCUCCCUUUGUAUGCUUUUGCCGCUGUUAUUUCAUCUCUCUCUGAAGCAACAGAUCGGUUUGCUGAGGAACAAGUUAGUUAAUGCUGUUGAAUAAUCCGAUGGAAGACAAGCAAUUGAAUUUUAAUCAACCACUUUUAUCUGUUCGGAGAUUCUCAUCAACAGUGGCUUCCACAGAAGUUGAGAGCAAAAGGAAGAAUGAUAGUUCCCUUUCCAAUAUACUUCCUCUUCCUACCUACAAAUCAGAGUUGAAAUCAGGUCCAGUGAGGAAUCCUGGAGCUGUUCCUUUUAUAUGGGAGCAGACUCCAGGAAGACCCAAGGAUGAAAGCAAACCACAGAUCCCUCCCACCACCCCAAAGCUUCCACCUGGUAGGAUUUUGAAUACUAAACAGCGACCUCCUGAUAAAGUUUCUAAGGAUCCAAUUGUUGCUGGGACCCAAACAGCAAAUAUCCUUUCUAACUCUCGAAAUGUUUCUUCUUUGGAUGAAAAUGUUACUAAACUUGAGAACUUUAAAGAGGGAGUUGAGGAUAAAGGGAGUUCUGGUUCAGAGGAUGGUGAUGUAGCCUAUUUAGAUGCACUGGAUACACUUUCCCGGUCUGAAUCUUUCUUCUUGAACUGUAGUGUAAGUGGUUUGAGUGGAUUGGAUGGUCCAGAUGUCAAGCCCUCUGGAACAUUUUCAACAGAUCCACAGACCCGGGAUUUCAUGAUGGGUCGAUUCUUGCCAGCGGCCAAGGCAAUGGCUUCAGAAACCCCUCCAUAUGCCUCUAGGAGGCAACCUGUGGCACAGAGGCAACCUGUGGCACAGGCACAACCAAGACAGGUAAAAAAUGUAGUAAGCGGGGAUAGGCGGCCUCCACUUUAUCAAUAUAGGCUAAAUGUUUCAUCACAUUAUGCUCAAGAUAAAGGUAGAGAAGAGAGUGAAGAUGAAGAUAACUAUGUUGAAACUGAACUUUUGUCUGCCAAAGUUUGUGGGUUAUUUCCUCGGUUUGGCUUGAAGAAUUCCUUCUGCCUUAUGAAUCCAGUACUAAGAAUGGGAGUUCAGGCCCGGGUACCUGCCUCCUCUCUCCGUGCUACAAGAGCUAGAUUCUCAUAUAGUGAUGCUAGUACUCUAACUGAAAAUAAGCACUCUAGAAAUGUCGUUAAUGAGAAAAAAUCAGGUGGACUCCAAAGAAGUAAGCUGCAGGAACUUAAGAGAAAGGAAGAAAAUGAAAGCAGUAAAACUAAUUACAAGAGUGAUUCUCAGAAACCAGAUGGGUCAUCCCUGUACAUGCGUUUGCAGGGAGGUGGCAUGUUGCCCUACCGGAGUGACUCACUGCUAUCCCACUUUAAUGAAGAAAAAGGAUUUCAUGGCAUUCAUGAAGCACCUAUGAGCUUGGGGGUUGAUGGCUUUGGUUCACAUCAACAGGGCCAAAAAAUCUUCCGGGAAUUAUUGGCUAGUAGCCCUCAACGGGAAUCAGGUUUGGAAAGCCCUACAGUUGAGAAAACUCUGUACAUAGAUUCUGUACAUAUUGUAGAACCUCGGAAUUCUAAUUCCAGCCGUUCAGAUAUGAAGGGGCUGAGUGACACCAGGAGUGAUUUUGAGAUUCUUGGAAAAUCUAGUACCCCUUCAAUGGAGUCUUCUCUUCAAGAUAUCAAGCACUUAAGCAUUGCAGAUGAAGAAGGCAAGUCACAGCCAAAAAUUUUGGACUCUAUGGGUUCUAAUCUACUGUUUUCCUGUGUCAAAUCAGAUCAGGAAGUCCAGAUGGACCAGAGGAAAGGAUUCAGUAGCUCAGAUCCUAUUCUGGAUUCCAUGACCUUGGAUAGCCCAGAAGUGCUUGACAAUAGGAAUCUGGAUGAUGAAAACCAUCGGCCUUCAGAAGCAGAUAGUCUAGAAAAAUUUCAUGAUAGCCACUCAGAACUUCCUCUUCCUCCACCUUUACCAAAAUCUCCCUCCGAGUCUUGGCUCUCGCGUACAUUGCCUUCUGCAUCAUCAAGGAACUCCCAAUCACAUUUUGCCACUUGGACUAGCCCCAGAAACCAAGCUUCCAAGACAUCAUCCCCUGAUCCCAAGUGGGAAACAAUUGUCAAAACUUCUAAUGCGCAUAAAGGGCAUUUGCGGUUUUCUGAGAAACUGUUGGCUCCAGUACCAGAAAGUUAGAAACGCAAGCGCUAAUUCUGAAGCCCAUUUGCACAAUUGCUUUGGCUGCCUCGUUCAUUGCUCUUUUGUCUUUUGCUUUAUUUGGGUUAUAAGUUAUAUAACGGGUAAGCUGUAAUUGUAUACAAGCCCAUUCCAUAUCAUGCAACCAUGAGUCGAAAAAGUUUUACUGUAAAUGCCAUCACAUUUGUUGAACUUCAAGCUUGAUCCUUCGUACAUGCUGGUUUUUAUGUAAAGGGAGUCAACAGCUAUACUUUGUAAUAAAAGAGGAGAGGGAGGGAUGCUGCUUCCUCCAUGUACAUGUUGUGCAUUGCAUCCUUCAAUCAUGAGAAUUUGUCUGAGACUUAUGAAGUAGUACAUAAAUAAGAUACUCUGUUUCAUGCCCUUUA